AUAUCACAAGAAGCUUUCAUUAGGAAAAAAAAAAAUGGUUAGCUUGGAUCAGAUUAUGCAUAACAUUGUUAUCAUAUGGCUUCCUCUAACAAUGGUGCUAUUAUCUUCUCUACUGUUUCUUAAAACAAAGAUGAAAUUUCGAAGACAAAAUAACAAGAAGGUUAUUAUUCAUCCUCCAAACCCACCAAAGCUUCCUUUGUUAGGUCAUCUACACCUUAUUACCUCUCUCCCUCAUCGCUCCUUUUGUAACCUUUCAAAAAAAUACGGCCCCGUCAUGUUCCUCAAACUCGGCUCUGUCCCGACCGUCGUAAUCUCCUCCGCCGAUGCUGCAAAAGAGGUGUUAAAAGUUCACGACCUCGCUUGUUGCAGUCGACCUCAAUCCGCCGCUGGUGCAAGAUUUUCAUACAACUAUUUAGACAUUGGAUUAGCGCCAUAUGGUGAGUAUUGGAGGGAAGUUCGAAAGAUUUGUGUGCUUAAACUCUUCAAUGUUAGACGAGUGCAAUCAUUUCAAAUGAUAAGAGAAGAAGAGAUUGGUGUGUUGUUAAACUCCAUCUCUCAAUCUUCAUCUUCUGCCACUCCAAUUGAUUUGAGUGAAAAAUUUUACUCUCUCACUGCAAAUAUGAUAACCCGAAUUGCUUUUGGGAAGAGCUUUAGAGGUGGAGAGUUAGAUAAUGAGAAUUUUCAAAAGGUUAUUCGAAGAGCAGUUGCAGCAUUGGGAAGCUUUUCAGCAACUGAUUUCUUUCCUAGAGUGGGUUGGAUUAUUGAUCGGAUUAGUGGUGUUCAUAAGAGAUUGGAGAUGAGUUUUGCUGAGUUGGAUGCUUUUCUUCAACAUGUAGUGGAUGAUCGCACUAAAUUUAGGGAGAGUUCUUCUCAUAAUGAUGAUUAUCAAGAAAACAUUGUUGAUGUUUUGUUGAAAAUGGAGAAGGAUGGCUCUGAAUUUGAUGUAGUGAAACUCACUAGAGAUUGCAUCAAAGCACUUGUCAUGGAUAUAUUUCUAGGUGGAGUAGAAACAGGAGCAAACACACUUGUUUGGGCAAUGACAGAGUUAAUAAAAAAUCCAAAAGUGAUGAAAAAGCUACAAGAUGAAAUCAGAAGUUGUAUAAGAGAAAAUGUAGUAAAGGAGAGUGACCUCGACAAGCUUGAAUAUCUAAAAGCAGUCGUGAAAGAAGUUCUAAGGUUACAUACACCCGUCCCACUUCUACUUCCAAGAGAAACCAUGUCCCAUUUUAAGUUAAAUGGUUAUGAUAUUCAUCCAAAAACUCAUAUUCAUGUCAAUGUGUGGGCGAUUGGACGAGACCCAGAAUCAUGGACAAAUCCAGAAGCAUUCUUGCCAGAGAGAUUUAUAGGAAGUAAUAUUGAUUACAAAGGGCAAAAUUUUGAGUUGUUGCCAUUUGGAACUGGUCGGAGAAUUUGUCCUGGAAUGAGUAUGGCAACCAUUACAGUGGAGCUAGCAUUGGCUAAUAUCUUGUUGUGUUUUGAUUGGAAAUUACCAAAUGGAAUGAAAGAAAAAGAUGUUGAUAUGGAAGAGGAAUCUGGUAUUGCAGUUGCCAAGAAAUCACCUCUUCAACUUCUUCCAAUUCCUUACUUAAACUCCAAAGAAUAGUUUUAGUUCCUUAUAUCUAUUGGAAAAAUUAAAGGCCUACUCAAAUUGGCCAAGGUGUCAAUUUAUAUUGUAAUUUAAAAUUCUGUAAUCUUUAGAUAAUAAGUAAAUUAAAAUUAUAUAUGUAACUAUCUUUUUAUUCG